GGACCGGUGUCCGUCGCGGGAGCUGGUGAGGCGCGGAGAGCAGAUUCCUCAGGGAUGAACCUCGAAUUGCUGGAGUCCUUUGGGCAGAAUUAUCCAGAGGAAGCUGAUGGGACCUUGGAUUGUAUCAGCAUGGCCCUCACCUGCACCUUUAACAGGUGGGGCACGCUGCUUGCAGUUGGCUGCAAUGACGGUCGAAUUGUCAUCUGGGAUUUCUUGACAAGAGGCAUUGCUAAAAUAAUCAGUGCACACAUCCAUCCAGUCUGUUCCCUGUGCUGGAGCCGAGAUGGCCACAAGCUCGUGAGCGCCUCCACGGACAACAUAGUGUCGCAGUGGGAUGUCCUCUCAGGAGACUGUGACCAGAGGUUCCGCUUCCCUUCACCCAUCCUAAAAGUCCAGUAUCAUCCACGAGACCAGAACAAGGUCCUGGUGUGUCCCAUGAAAUCUGCUCCUGUCAUGUUGACCCUUUCAGAUUCCAGACAUGUCGUUCUGCCUGUGGACGAUGACUCCGACUUGAAUGUGGUUGCGUCUUUUGAUAGGCGAGGGGAAUAUAUCUAUACGGGCAAUGCAAAAGGCAAGAUUUUGGUCCUAAAAACAGAUUCUCAGGAUCUUGUUGCUUCCUUCAGAGUAACAACUGGAACGAGCAAUACCACGGCCAUUAAGUCAAUAGAGUUUGCCCGGAAGGGGAGUUGCUUUUUAAUUAACACAGCAGACCGAAUCAUCAGGGUUUAUGAUGGCAGGGAAAUCUUAACCUGUGGGAGAGAUGGAGAGCCUGAGCCCAUGCAGAAGUUACAGGAUUUGGUAAACAGGACGCCAUGGAAGAAGUGUUGUUUUUCGGGGGACGGAGAAUACAUAGUGGCAGGCUCCGCCCGGCAGCAUGCCUUGUAUAUCUGGGAGAAGAGCAUCGGCAACCUGGUGAAGAUUCUGCACGGGACCAGAGGAGAGCUGCUCUUGGAUGUAGCUUGGCAUCCUGUUCGACCCAUCAUAGCAUCCAUUUCUAGUGGAGUAGUAUCUAUCUGGGCACAAAAUCAAGUAGAAAAUUGGAGUGCAUUUGCUCCAGAUUUCAAAGAGUUGGAUGAAAAUGUAGAAUAUGAAGAAAGGGAAUCAGAAUUUGAUAUUGAAGAUGAAGAUAAGAGUGAGCCUGAGCAGACAGGGGCAGAUGCUGCUGAGGAUGAAGAAGUGGACGUUACCAGUGUGGACCCAAUCGCUGCCUUCUGUAGCAGUGAUGAAGAGCUGGAAGAUUCAAAGGCUCUAUUAUAUUUACCCAUUGCCCCUGAGGUAGAAGACCCAGAAGAAAAUCCUUAUGGCCCUCCGCCAGAUGCGGUCCAAACCUCCUUGAUGGAUGAAGGGGCCAGUUCAGAGAAGAAGAGGCAGUCUUCAGCAGAUGGCUCCCAGCCACCCAAGAAGAAACCCAAAACAACCAAUAUCGAACUUCAAGGAGUACCAAAUGAUGAAGUCCAUCCACUACUGGGUGUGAAGGGGGAUGGCAAAUCCAAGAAGAAGCAAGCAGGCCGGCCUAAAGGAUCAAAAGGUAAAGAGAAAGAUUCUCCAUUUAAACCGAAACUCUACAAAGGGGACAGAGGUUUACCUCUGGAAGGAUCAGCGAAGGGUAAAGUGCAGGCGGAACUCAGCCAGCCCUUGACAGCAGGAGGAGCAAUCUCAGAACUGUUAUGAAGACACUUGAUGUUUCCUUGCUCUUCUCUGCUUUGCCAUCGUGUGGCCUUUGGACACUGGUCAGUCAUUUGCGUCUGACUCUGAUUUAAAACAAAGGCCUCUGUGCAGGAGGUGGAAGGAGUGAAUUUUCUGUUUGAAUGAAGAAGUGAAUUAUGGAAGAAGAUACACGUCCCUUCCCCUUCAAGCAUAGUCCAAAUAGGCUCUCAGGAAUGAGGAUUUGUGAAGACGUCAUCGAAUGGGAGUUUGACUCACUUAGACACUGAUGCUUAGUUACAUUGCUGGAGAAAGAUCCCUGUUUUUGCUCAUCAGACUUGAUUAUGCCCAGCAUCAUUUUGGCCUGUCAUUUCCUAUCUCCUGUUUGCUUCCGUCCUCAGUGUAUAUCCUCGAGUGACCGGUUCUUAUCUGAAACUUUGCUUCCCGCAGCCUAGGAAACUUCUAUUGGUAUUCUUCCAGUUUUAAACUUCCCCUCUCACCAGAUUCCUCCUCUGUAUCUAUAUUGUGUAUGAAAGGUGGGCAGAAAAGAAAGCGCUUGGAAGAUUUCACAUUUUCAGAAAGCUAAGACAGCCUUCCUCUUCCUAACUUGCCCAUUUUGCUCAAGAGGACGGGCGGGAGGAGGGGCAGGGUUUGUCCUUGUUUUCCUUUCUUUGCAUGUUUCCCUCUGGUGUUGGUUUUUUCCCCGUAAUCAUGGCUUCUGAAGAUAGCUGUAGAUCUGUCUCCAGCAAAGAAUCAUCACGAUUGCUUGACCCGUGCUGGCUUCCAGAGCUGGAACCAAGCCAGUUCUCAGCAAGCUUCUUUGUUAUUAUUUUUUUAAAUUGGGGUGGGAAAUCUAUGCAAGGACUAAAGUAAAACUGUCCAAAAUCAAAGCAGCAGCAGCAGCAACAACAGUUCAAAUCAAAGAUCAAGACAAGAAAUUUUGCCAUUGCUUGUGAGCCCCGUGAGUCUUCACGUUGUCCCUUUUACUCUCCGUGCUCCUUUCUCCAGACCCCACGUUUCCAGCCACUUCCUUUCUGUGAAAGGUUGCCUAGCUUUGAAGACACUUUAAUUUUUACCUUUUGCUUUUCCCGUUCCUUCCCUAAGAAGUAGCAGCAGGUGGGAUGGACCUGGACCUUAGGUGUUUGAAAUUCUCCAAACGCCCUGAGGAAGGACGCCAGGGCCGGAAGGGGCUCGCCAAGCCUCGGCGUAGGCUUGCACCGGCGGGACGUGCUCAGCCAGGGCCCGUUUGCACAGGCCAGCGAGACACUGUGCUUAUUGUGGAACGAGGCAGUGGGCCGUGCUCCGGCGGGCAGCUCAACUAGCCGAUUGAUUGCCUUUGGGAUUUUAGGGUAGAAAUCAACGAACACAUCAGGAUGACCCUCCUUCCCUCCCAUCCGUAGAACUCAAAAGAAGCUGAAGUAAAGCUUCCCAUCAGCCCACUGGCUGAGGUUGGUUUGCUGGGUUUCGUUUCGCAGGUCCUCUUUCCAUUCCGUUCCUCUGAACGCCACACCGCCUGGCACGUGUACUGCAGAGGUUUCUGCCUUACUCCAUGUGCACAGCAGUUGGGUGCCCUGUGCAUUUGGACAUUCACUGCCCCAUCCGUCUCCUGAGCUGGCCCCGAGAAUAGAGGGCAUGCCCUGGUAGCUGGGCCCUGGCCGCAGCGCCUGAUCCUUAUUUAUGCUUUGGAAAUUUUUCUCAGCUUCUAAGGCCUCUUCAUUUCAGUUUGAAUUUCUCCAUUUGUACAAUAUAUGCUUGUUCAUUCCCCUCUCAUCACAUCUGCCUCCCCUCCCUGUUUUGUUUUUUAAUGUUCUGUAGUUUUGUACGAGAUGAGACUUAGCCUUGAGUACUUCUUGCUGAGCUUUAAUGCUUUGUAAAUAAAAUCGGAUGUUUAUUAAA